AUGCACACGCGCACGGCUCGGCCAGCCAGGCAGAAACAAAAUUCAGCCAUGACGACGGCCAUGGCGUCCUCCUCCUCGCGUGGCGUCACCGUCCCCUUCCUGAUGAUCUUGCCGCUCCUCUUCGUAGUCGCCGCUCUUCCGGCCGAGGUCACCGUCACCGGCGACGGCAUCCUGCUGCCGUCGUGCAAGACCGUCGGCGGCGGGAGCACCUACUUCGACGUCCAGUUCUGCCUCGACGCCCUGGGCUCCGUCGGCGCCGGCGCCGGCGCCCGGAGCUACCGGGACCUCGCCGCCGUCGCCGUCGGCCUCCUCACGGCCAACGCCACCAGCACGUCGGUCAAGAUCGACGCCCUGCUCCGCGGCGGCGGAGGCGGCGGGAAGGUGGACGCCGCCACGGCGCGGUGCCUGCGGUCGUGCCGGGCGCUGUACGCCGGCAUCGCGCGGAGGCAGCCCGGCUGCGCCGCGGCGGUGAGGGGCGGCAGGCUCGGCGAGGCGAGGUCGUCGCUGGAGGAGUCGGCGGCCGCGGCGAGGCGGUGCGAGGACGGGUUCCGCGGGGGCAACGCGACGUCGCCGGUGACGGCGGAGGACGACGCCGCCUUCAAGCUCGCCAAGCUUGGCGUGGCGCUGCUUGGUUUUGCUUGACAAAAUUACAGCUCGUGUGUACUGUUACUACUAGUGCUAUGCCGUGAUGUUCUAAAUGAAAUUAAUAACAAAUCAGAGUGUUGUCUAUA